GGUUCCGGCGGUGUUGGCGGAAGGGGCGGAGCCUCGGCCAUGUCCGCCCGUGCCGGUUCGCGGCUGCUGCUGGCGGGAGCCCCGCGGCGGUACCGGGUGGGCUCGGGACCCCCGGGACCCCCUCCCCGCGCCCCGCCGGGACCCCCGGCACCGCCCCGACCCUUCCCCGGGCUCCCCGAGCCCCGCAACACCCGGGGCGACCCGGUGACCCCCGGUGAUCCCCGUGCCCAUGUGACCGGAGCGGAUCCCGAGCGCCUUCGGCUCUUCCAGCGGCUGCGGGCGGCGGCGGCGGAGCGGCGGGACCGGGACGGGGAUGGGGCCGGGGAUAGGGCCGGGAAUGGCACCGGGAGCGGCACCGGGGAUGGCACCGGGAGCGGCACCGGGGAUGGCACCGGGAGCGGCACCGGGGAUGGCACCGGGAGCGGCACCGGGAGCCGCCGCCUCCCGCCGGGGACACCGAUCCGCAUCGCGCUGCCCGGGGGGCGCCUCCUGCCCGGCCGGGCCCUGCAAACCACCCCGUUCCAGGUGGCCACGGAGCUGGGGGGUGGCCUGGCGGAGGCGGCGCUGGUGGCCCGGGUGAACGGGACCCUGCAGGACCUGGAGCKGCCGCUGGAAUGUGACACCGACCUGGAGCUGCUCGACUUCUCCACGCCCGAGGGGCGGGAGGCCUUCUGGCGCUCCGGUGCCUGUGUCCUGGGGGCGGUGGCAGAGCAGUUUUUCGGAGCGACGCUUUGCAGCACUCAGACCACGGAGGACGGCUUUUUCUGCGAUGUGCACAUGGGCAGCAGGACGGUGCAGAGCUCGGAGCUGCCCGCUCUGGAGGAGGCCUGUGCCACCUUCGCCCGUGCCCGGCACCGCUUCGAGCGCCUCGAGGCCACGCGGCCGCAGCUGGCGGAGCUGCUCAAGCACAACAGCUUCCAGCUGCAGCGGCUCGAGGAGGAGGUGACGUCCCCUACAGCCACGGUCUAUCGGUGUGGCCCCCUGCUCCAGCUCUGCCGCGGGCCCCUGCUCCGGCACACGGGGCUGAUCGGAGCGCUGCGAGUGCUCACGAGUGAGUACCGGGCCAGGGGCUUCAGCGAGGUGGUGACCCCCAACCUGUUCAGCCCCCGGCUCUGGGAGCUCUCGGGGCACUGGCAGCACUACAGCCCCCACAUCUUCUCCGUCCCUGCCACCCCCGAGAGCCUCUCGCUCAAACCCAUGAACUGCCCGGCGCACUGCCUGAUGUUCUCCCACCGCCCGCGCUCCUGGCGGGAGCUGCCCUUGCGCCUGGCGGAUUUUGGGGUUCUGCACCGCAACGAGCCCCCCGGGACGCUGACGGGGCUGACGCGGGUCCGGCGCUUCCAGCAGGACGACGCCCACAUUUUCUGCACGUUGGAGCAGCUGGAGAGCGAGAUCGAUUCCUCCCUGGAUUUCAUCCGCACCGUCUAYGCUGUCCUGGGCUUCUCCUUCCGCCUGGCCCUGGCCACGCGUCCCGAUGGGUUCCUGGGGGACCCCGAAACCUGGGAUCGUGCAGAGCAGCAGCUGGAGCGGAGCCUGCGGAAYUUCGGGCAGCCCUGGGAGCUGAGUCCGGGGGACGGCGCCUUUUACGGGCCCAAGAUCGAUAUCCGGAUCCGGGACGCGCUGGGGCGGCAGCACCAAUGCGGAACCAUCCAGCUGGAUUUCCAAAUGCCYGAGAGAUUCCAGCUGGAAUAYGCCAGCCCCAGUGGGCGCCCGGCACGGCCGGUGCUGAUCCAUCGGGCGGUUUUGGGCUCCGUGGAGCGCAUGGUGGCCGUGCUGGCCGAGAGCUGCGGGGGCCGAUGGCCGCUCUGGCUGUCCCCACUGCAGGCCAUGGUCAUCCCACAGACCCCCGAGGUGGAGGACUAYGCCCGGGAGGUGCAGGCAGUGCUGAGGAGGGGGGGUCUCCUGGCUGACCUGGACGGGGACCCCGGGACCACCCUGGCACGGAAGAUCCGUCGGGCCCAACUCUCCCACUACAACUUCCAGCUGGUUGUGGGGCGCCGGGAGCGGGAUCGCGGCACCGUCAGCGUCCGGACCCGGGAGAACCGGCAGCUCGGGGAGCUGGAGCUGCCCCGGGUGCUGCAGCGGCUGCGGGAGCUGCGGGACGGCCGCGUCCCCGACGCCGAGCAGCGAUUCUGACMCCCCCRCCCCAUUCCCGGGGGUCCCGACCCCCCCCCCGGGACCCCCAAACUCAAUAAACUGCUGGGAAACGCUGGGUGUGGUGGCAGCUGAGACCCCUUCGGUGCCGGGGGGCUCAGGGAGGGGGGCAGCACCCUGGGGACCCCCCAAACACCUGGACACCCCACCCGAUCCCGGUUCCAAUUCCCGGGUUCUGAUUCCCAGGAUCUCAUUCCAAGGUUUCCAUUCCCAGGUUUCCAUUCCCAGGUUUCCGUUCCCGGCUCCGAUUCUGGGAUCUCGUUCCCAGAUUUCUGUUCCCAGUUUUCGGUUCCCAG